GAGAGAUGUGUAGAAGAGAGGAGGACUCAACUGGACAGGAAAGGACUCGGCUCAGAAAUAAGUUAAUGUACUGAUCAGACUGUAAUAAGUCGCUAAAUGUCGUUUAAUUUCUAAUUCAGCCAGACACAGAAGUUACUUUUUAGAGAAGUAUUGUCCUGACUGUGGCUCAGACUCCAGUCCUGUAGUUGGCGGUAAUGUGCGUCACACAUGUUGUCGAGAAAGUAAAAGGGGCGGGAGAGGGAAAAACCACAAAGUACGGCAAACGGCGCUCAUUGCGCAGUUUGGACAAAGAAGAGAGCAGUGAGGUAAAAAGAGGAGAACUUCUCUUUCAGCAUGUUGUCACGGCUAACUUGAGACAUAACAGCAACCAUAGUACUCGCAAAAAGAUCAAUUGUGGACAUCUGUGACGCCCCGUGGCCUGGUGUGAAAAAAUGACCAUAAUCCUGCGAUUGCAAGGCCUCGCUGUGAAGGCAGGUACUGAAGACAUACGCACAUUCUUUAAGGGCCUUCAUAUUCCUGAAGGUGGAGUGUACAUCGUGGGAGGAAGCCUCAGAGAGGCUUUUAUUGCGUUCACCACAGAGAGAGAUGCCCAGCAAGCCAUGCAGUACACUGAGAAUUUCCUCAAAGGGUCUCUGGUGACUCUACACAUAAGCAGCAUGGCAGAGCUGGAGCAAAAACUAAAGUCAUCGUUGAAGAGGCAGAAACCCUCCCCCAUGCAGCCUACCGUGAAGCGACCGCAUGCAGCUCCAGAUGCAAAUGCUCUACCUUUGAAUGCACAUCCUGUCAAUCCAAAUACUGCAAAUCUGCCUCCUAAGUUUGAUGUUACAAAUCUACCACUCUUGAAUGCACAAUCAGUUGAUUCCAAAACUGCCUUUCUUCUCGGGAUUUGUACCGUCCUCCAAGGUCUCCAUUCCUCCCUUCAAAGUGAAAACAGCGUUGCAGUGCCAAGUGUUGAUUUUCCCAAGGCCGACGGCCCGGUUGUGUGCGAUGAGACGAGGACACAAAAGCAAACUCUGGACUCGAGGCCAGGCUACGUCAGGCUCUUCGGUCUGCCGGCCUCCACGACUAAAGAGGACAUCUGCCAGUUCUUCACGGGGCUGACGGUGCAGGAAGCCAUAGUGAAUGUGGAGCUGGGACGUGGCCACGGCUGCCUUGUGAAGUUCGCCAACACGCAGGAUGAGUGUGGCGCUCUUCUCUUCAACCAACGGUCGCUGGGCACCAUCUGUGUGGAGGUACGUGGAGCUACUGAGAAGAUGUGGACCAAUGCGGUGCAAGAAUGUGAAACUGCUCUCGGAGUUGGGGAGAGAGUGACACCCGAGCAAAGCCCUCUCGGGGGAACUGUAAACCACAAACAAAAAAACACUUCUGCACCGCUGCUCAAGAGGAGAGCCGUCAACCAGUCGCCAUCUGAAACACCAAAAAAGCCAAGAUGUACUCCGACUAUGGAGUACAUUGUCAUGGUCACUAAUUUACCCAAAAUCAUGACCAAGACUGAAAUAAAAGAAUUGUUUGGAUGUCCAAACAUUGCACACAGAAAUGUACAACAUCUGCUUGACCUGGAAGGCAGCAGAACAGACACCGCCUUUCUGAUUUUUAACCGCACUGAGGAUUACGAGUAUGCAAUAAAUCUCACUGGCUGCCACGUGGGCUCUGAUACCAUUAAGGUCUCAUCAAUCACAAAAAAAAUGAUGUGGGACACGAUGGCCAAAACGCAUCACAGAAAUCUUAAGCAAUGCCGGAAGACCGGCACGAAGAAGGAGGAACCGAAUCAAGAGAGUAAAACAAAUCCAGAAGAGACGCCAGACGAGACGCCAGAAGAGACGCUGAGCGAGACCCCGGACCCGGCAGCUAAGACGUGCCUGUUUGUCAGAAACAUGCCCGCAGAUGUACAGAAACGCCACAUAAAGAGACUAUUUAGUAAAUACAAAGUGAGGGAGGAUAAUAUCAUCUCCCUGCAUGACAGUGAUGGCAAAUGCAUUGGUGAGGCCGUGGUUCAAUUCAAAUCUCAAAAGCUUGCUGCACUGGCUCAAAGGCACGAUGGCCAAAAGUUCCUGGGGACAAAAGUGCUUCUCACUCCCAUAAGUAUGAAGCAGAUGGAGGACAUCUUGGGAGGAAGUUGAACAUUGACGCUCAAAUGCAGACGCUGGCCAAAGAUGGAUUCUUAUUAUCUUACCAUCAAGUUUGUCUUUUAACUGUAAUUCUGCUUGAUUGCAUCAACCAGCUGAGUUUGAGUUGUUUACCACUUUGGUGUUUUUUUAAUUUUUUUUUUUUUAUAACUAUUGUUGAGCAUUUCUUUACAUUCCCUCUGUGACAUUUCCAUGUAUUAAAAAAAAUAAAUGUUUAAUUGUUGUAUGUGAUGUGACUAUAUACAGCUCUACAUCUGCAACGUUGGAGCAGGAUCUACUUUGAAACUGCAGACAUCUAUAAUGAGAUAGGAUUAACUUCAACAACAGUCAACAGGAAUUAUUCAGACUCUUUGUAGUGUAAUCUCGGGAUGAAGUCAUUUGAUGCGUCCACUGAAACUUGCUCCACCAGUAGAUAAGUGUCUCAAACACUUCUGGGAUUACAUUCGGAACGUAUUGGGGAAUCCCCCAUUAUUCUCUAUACAGCAUGGGAACUGAAGAAUGUUUUUAGUAGUUUGAUUGAAUGGACUUCAAAAACGCAUAAUUUCUCCAUUUCUUUUAAUACAACAGGGCUUUGGGAAAUGAACAAUGGUCAAUCACGUAAGUUCAGUUAAAGCUGCUGAAAACAUGCACGAGUAAUUCUGUGUAAAACUUUCCAAGUAAUAAAUCCCAUUCUAACAAAGUUAAAACCAUAAAAAAAAAGAAACUAUGCAUCUACACAAACAUUUACACAAAAUCAAAGUUUGACUCCUGCACAGUCUGAUGCGGCCAGAGGGAUGAGAAGACUGAGGUGUCACAUCUUGGAUUGUCAUUUGUAAUACCUGCUGGGACCAUCAGAGUACCUGUUUGGACCUGCAGAGAGACAAUAUGCCAAAAACAAUAUGAACAUAGAAAGAUGCUUCACGUACAUUUUGUCUACCGUGUCAUUUCAAGAAUGAGCAACAGUGAUUUCUUUGUCUUAGAGUCAACAUACAAUAUCACAACCUUCCACAUUUGAAUCACGGAUGCAUCAAAUGGAAAGGUCGACGGGAGACUUUGUGCUUACAUACCCAGGAGACUGCUAGAAGGGAAUCGGUCGCUGCUGCUGAACAUUCUGGGGGUGGUAGAGGAGAAGCUUGUGGAGCUCAUUGACAUGGUGUUCAGACUAGAACCCUGAGGAGGAAGUGAAGACAGAAAAUGUAUGAGAACACAAUGCACAUGUUGCCAAAUACACUUUUACUUGUGUCAAUCAACUAAUGAGAUAAUUCAACAACUGAGAAAUCCGGGCACAUGCAAAUCUGGUUUUCUGAGCUAGAUCAAAUGAAAAGAUGUAUCUUUAACACUUGGUUUUAAAUAUGAGAACAGGGCUGUGUGAGUAAAAACAAGCUCCAUACCCUCGAUACGCUUCUCAGUCUGUACUCCAUCAGCACAUCUGUCAGCUUCUGUGUCACCUUCAGCACCAGCUGUGCGUCAUUCUCGUUCUCUAUCCGGAAGGAAUCCUAAAAAUACAUUAAAAAAAGUUACUAUAUGUUUCAAUACAAAGAUUGAAUAAAACAGCAUUGACACAUUAGCUAAGCUGUGGAGGAACCUGAGGAAUGGGACACGUACCAGGUAAGUGAGUAGUGUAUUAGAGCGGCUGCUACUGUCUGGAGCUGCUCCCAUCAAGCCUGGCCUCUCCAGUGGUUUGUCCACUGGUCUGUCCAAUAAGCCACUCCGGUACCCAUCAGUAUGCGUCCUGCCUGGGUCCUCGAGGAGUCCUCUCCUUCCAUAGCCAUCUCUUCCACCGCCUGAUCCAAAACCAUCUCCAGUCCCAGCUGGGUGAUGACCCAUACCAUCUGGGAAAGGCCUUCGAUCCAUAUCACAGCCAAGGGAAUCUUGCCUGGUCGGAUAAUCAAAGCCACUGAAGUCGGGCUCCCCGUAGUCUCCCCCUGGAUAGUCAGAGAGAAGACCACCCUGAGAAGGAAAAUCCCCUGGAAACCUCGGGUCAGAGAACCUGGGACCUGAGAGAGCUGUUACAUUUAAAUACAGUUAUUCAUUAGAAAAACAGCACACGUGCACAGCGUUACAUAGAUUAUGCUUGAAUGAUAAGGACUCACCAAAGGGUGGUCCCUUGGGUCCCAUCCCUGGUGCUGUUGGAGGAAUAAAUUUAGGAACAGCAGUACCUGUGAGAGAGGAAAGGACAUGAGAGACGUUCACAACUUCGGUUACCGACCAACAGGAAAUACUUUGUUGCUGAACUAUUUCACAGCAGAGUAACUUACGGAGUCCUUUGAAAGCAGGUACUUCACAGGGCUCCUUCAGAAUCACCUGAAGGUCACAAAAGGAAAGACAAAGGUCAAAUCCACAAUCAUACUGUAUGAAAUAAGUAAACCUACCGCUCAAAUAUAAACAUAGGACAUUGAUGACAUUGAUUGAUAGAUAGGACUGCUCGACUGCAGUACUACAUCCUGGCUCCGAGCUCGAAGUAACGCUGAUCUUCAUAGCCUCAGUGAAGGCAGGGCUGUAACACAGGAACACCUGUGGCCCUCGUCUAAUGAGACCUUAGUGUUGAGUUUGGACGAAAAAUCGCAUGUAGGGGAGAUUUAACGUCUGGUGGGGCUUGGUGGGAAUUUAACCCAAAUCAGGCUGCUGACUACCAUGCAGGCCCAACUCCCAACCGCAUGGGGAAGUCCCAACACCUCGCAAUCGUUGAGAUGGAAGAUAAACUGUAUUAAUUAAUGCUGUGAUAACUUUAGAGUUGUUUAGUUUAGAUGUGUUUAGAUUUCAUCUUCUCACCAGUACUUUACAAUAGACAUUAGUUUCCAAUGAUCAUUAUAAGCAAUAAAAUCUAUGCCCAGGAGGAUGAAACAAGACUUCUCUGCCAUUGCUGCAGUGAUAUGUGUCUAACUCUCACCUUGAGUUGCCCUCUUCCCUCGGACUUCUCCACCGCAGCAGAAAUUUCUUUAAUUGCCUUCCUUACAACGGGGUCUUUGAUGGCCUCUUCCUCUUCAUGUACAACCUUCUCAGGAUGGACCUUUUUCUGUGUACAAGGCAGAGAAAUGUUCGAAUAGUACAAAUCAUUUUGCCACAUCAAGCCUUUGAUGCAGAUUAAGAAACCAGCAAUACUCACCAAGUAUCUGAAGCUGUGUUUCCAGCCUCUUACGUGGGCGAGCAUAUCAUGCUGCAGGCGGGAGACGGCACAGAGUUUGCACUGGUAGUGUGGUGGGACGGAUUUACUCGGGCUGCGGUACUCCCAUACAUACUGAAGACCUGUAGACAUGUGACGUUCAUUGAUUAUGGGAAUUAUAUUCCAGUCACAAAGGGAAGGAGGUAAAGUAGAAUUAUGUGAGGGGAAAUAGGCCUUCUGCUUACCAAUGACACACUCGGUGACUGCCUUCAAAAGUUUGCUGAGAGAGGGCAUGGUCUGGAUAGAUGCCCCUUUGGAGAAUACUGGAAUAAACAACCGCGGUCAACACAGAGCAAAAGCUUUAUAAUGAUCCACAACUGAGAUGACAAGGCUUGUGUCCGAAACACUACUACACAAACCUGUGAUAGAAAUAAUCAUGGUUGAGAAGACACUGAAGUAAAGACAUUGUGUUGUGUUCUUGCACUACCUGCAGUGUCUGGGGAUGACCAGUGAAUUUCAUUCUCUCUAGAUGAACUGAACAACCA